GCGCGAGAGUGACGUGAGCGUCACUUCCCCCAAAGAUGGCGGCCGUAGUGGGUCUGUCACCGUGCCGGGGCGUUGGGCCCCUUUUCGGGAAGGGUCUGUGUCUCCGGAGCGGCCUUGCCCGUUCCCUCGUGCGGCGAGGCUCGGUGAGACCCAGUGACUCGACGGCGGUGUACGACGUGGUGGUAUCGGGUGGCGGCAUGGUCGGGACCGCCAUGGCUGCUGCACUGGGGCAUGAUGUUCAUCUGUCUGAUAAGAAAAUUCUGCUACUUGAAGCCCGUCCAAAGAAAGUGUCUAACCAGUUGCCCAAGAGUUACAGUAAUAGAGUCAGUGCUAUCACCCCUGGUUCAGCCACACUUCUCAGUAGCUUUGGUGCUUGGGAUCAUAUUUGCAGUAUGAGAAUCAAGCCAUUUCGGCGGAUGCAGGUGUGGGAUGCUUGUUCUGAGGCCAUGAUAAUCUUUGAUAAAGAUAACUUGGAAGAUAUGGGUUAUAUUGUGGAGAAUGAUGUUAUCAUGUCUGCUGUAACCAAACAACUGGAUGCAGUUUCAGACCACGUUGAAGUUCUUUACAAGAGCCGAGCAGUUGGCUACUCCUUGCCCCUUCCUUAUGAAACCUCUGACUCAAGCCCUUGGAUCCAAAUUGAUUUAGCAAAUGGACGCAGGCUACAGACCAAACUGUUGAUUGGUGCAGAUGGGCAGAACUCUAUAGUCCGGAAGGCAGCUGGUAUUCAAAAUAUUCAGUAUCAAUAUGGACAGUCAGCUGUAGUUGCUACCCUUCACUUAUCUGAGGCAACAGAUAACAACGUAGCAUGGCAGAGAUUCCUUCCAUCAGGACCAAUUGCUCUCCUCCCGCUCUCCGACACUGUCAGCUCUUUGGUUUGGUCCACAUCACAUGAGCAUGCAUCCCAACUUCAGAGAAUGGAUGAGGAAAGUUUUGUGGAUUCUAUCAAUUCUGCUUUUUGGAGCAACGCAAAUCACUCUGACUUCAUUGAUACUGCUGGAUCCAUGUUCCGAUCUGCUGUCUCUCUCCUGAUGCCAUCGGGGACUGCAGCCCGUCAGCUGCCCCCAAGUGUUGCAAAAGUGGAUCCAAAGAGCCGAGCUGUGUUCCCUCUUGGACUGGGGCAUGCAACAGAAUAUGUCCAACACCGCGUGGCCCUUAUUGGGGAUGCAGCUCACAGAGUACAUCCUCUUGCAGGUCAGGGUGUAAAUAUGGGCUUUGGUGACAUAGCCUGCUUGAGGCAACUUCUCAGCGCUGCAGCAUUUAAUGGGAAGGACCUGGGCUCUUUAAAGCAUCUACUACAGUAUGAAAGAGAGCGGCAAAAGCACAACCUAUCUCUCUUGGCUACAACGGACUUAUUAAAGAGGCUGUACUCUACAGAUAUAGCUCCUUUUGUACUGCUAAGGACCUGGGGAUUGCAAGCAACUAAUGCUGUUCCUCCAAUUAAAGAGCAGAUCAUGGCUUUUGCUAACAAGUGACACCCUUGUGACUUUAGGAUGAUAGUUCCUGAGUGGUUGCUGUAUUUGCCAGUUACAAAGACUGUGUUUGAAAUGGCAUUAAAACAAAACGGGGAGCACAGUAUUUCCUUACGUUUGCCGAUUGUGGCUGAAGUUCUUCUUUCCUCCAGCAGUACCAGCAGAUUGUUUUCUUCUAGAACGUCAAGAUCUACCUCUAAUCUGACACUGUAUUGGAUCUGGAGCUCUAAAUAUUGGCCUUGAAAACAGUAUUGUUGGAAUGAAUUUACUUGUAUCCAGUUUGAAGAUCACAUGCAUGAUUUUUUUUACUGCUUCGGACAAAAGAUUCUGAGCUGCAAGCUUAGUCAGCAUCUCUUUCAGCCUUGGCGGCUGCGAAAUACAGAAGUGGAAUGUUGCUUACCAGCUCCCUUUUCAAGACUGCAAUGAUUCUCUUCUACCUCCAAGGAUUGCAAGAUUGAGACUCAAGUUACAGGAUGGAGUCUGAGAACAUUCUGUUAAAAAUAUUGUUUAAUUACUAAAAUAGACAUUCAAAGAGCUCUGUCACAGUCAUGUGCCAAACAACCAGGCCAGACAUUAUCAGUUUAAUGGCAUCACAGCACCAAGUAAUGUGAACACAACUAAUAAGCAAGGAUAUUUAUGCUAACGUCUUACAAUUAACUGCUUUCAGAACUUGUCUGAAAAGAUAUUCUAAGGCUUAUCAGCACUCAACCUGUACUUGCAAUGCUACAUCUGUGGAAAUUUAUUUAAGAGGGGCUCAGUCUGCUUAACAGUUUAGCUUAACUUUUUAAAAUAGGUUUAAGCUAAACCAAAAUAAGUGUCCUUUCAACCUACAAGAUUAUGUAAAACUUAAUCUGCUUUCACUUCUGACUUCUUAAAAAUUCUUAAUUUAGUACACUGUUAAAUAUGUGCUUCUUUCCUCCUCCACCAAUUACAUAGGUGCUUUUCAACAAGGCCCCCGUACAGAUUAUUAUACUGCAAAUAAUCUCAUUGCACUAGGAAAGGUAUGGGCAUUUGUGGAAGCAAGAUAUAAUUCUGUACCACCACCACUGGGAUCAUAAGAGGAAUAAACUACUUGUCUGUCUUGCGCCUUACCCGACAAACUCAACUGGUGCCCAAUUUUGGUUGACUAUAGAAAUGGUCUCUUAAUUAGCAGCAGAAGUUACUCAUCAAUCAAAACACGUAGUACCUGAAGAAAUAAAGACCCUGAAUUUUUCAAACAUAGGUUAACUUUGGUAGAGGAAGAGCAAUACAAAGGAAAAAGAAUCUUGUGCCUGAGUUUACAAAUGAGGUUUCAGAGGAAAAGUUCAUAAUGAGUUUUAACAAACUGUGUUGCUCUGGUCCAGUAACAAACAUCUUGCUUCUACAGUCGUACCUCUGGUUACGUUUGCUGUGGGUUGCGUACACCACAGGAUAUGAACGUGCAGAACCCGGAAGUACCAGAACGGGUUACUUCCUGGUUCGGCGAUUCGCGCAUGCGCAGAAGUGCCGAAUCACGCGGCGAGCAUGCACAGAUUCGGCGCUUCAGGUUGCGCACUGUUCAGGUUGUGAACAGGACUCCGGAACGGAUCCCGUUUGCAUCCAGAGGUACCACUGUAGUUUGCCAUCUUCUUUACUACUUGCCUCAUGGGACAAGAAAGCAAGGUGCAGAGAAGCUGGGCUUUAAUUUAGGGUUAUAGAGAUAAGUUGAGAAGCAUUAAUGAGUUCAGACACUUAAAGAGAGGAUAGUGCAGAAUAGUUCCUGCCAAACUAAGGCUUCCAUCAUAAUUAAUUUUCUAAUGUAUAAUGAAUGAAAUAGGUAGAAAUAAAGGCUUAUGCAGGGCAAUAGGAUACACAGUAAAAAGGCUAAUCUUAUGCACUUAUUUGUGAGUAAGUCACAGUGAGCUAAUAGGAAUUACUUCAGAGCAAACAUGCGUAAGAUGCACUGUUAAGUGUCCCAACUUUGUAUUCUGCAGAUAAUGCCAGAAUACCUUUUCACAUCCAGUAAGAGGGCAGUGCGCCAAAAGUGUUAUCAAAUGAGGCAUUGGGUUGGCAUGUCUUAACCUAAUUUGGUCAAGGUUUCUUUAGCAAGUGCUUACACUGUACUGGUAUAUCUGGACAACACAGAGAUGAAACACUUUGUGCAGUGGCUACCAUGUUAAGUCUCAUAUUUAUGCAGCCUGAAAUGUCCUGCUCAAACACAAUGUUUAAGAUGUGACAGCAUGUAGUGCAUCAGCUUUAGUGGUAGUCCCACGCUGGGGUCCUGUUAACCAUACCAUUUUCCAAGGAAGUUGAUUUGGGAGGCCUUCAUUUGCAACAGGAAGGAGGCACCAGGAUGCCUUGCAUUAAAAGUUUCUUUAAGGCUAGACUGAGAAUCAAAUUAUUUAUGUCAGUCCAUCCCCGGCACUCCUCAUGGUCCUCUAAAGUAGCCAGAAAAUGCUGGCUUUUGCUUGCUCUCAGCUUUAGAGAUGUAAAGAGGAGAGACGUUUUUGGGGUGUUCCUAAAGUCUUUACUGCUAUGUUUAGCCAGCUAUUUAUAUGUGAGGGUUGACAAACAAGUUUUUCCACUGACUGUCACUCCUAAAGCUCGACCAGUUUCAGCAGCCCUCUUCAGGAAUCGGCUAAUCCUAAAAAUCUUAACUUGUUAAAUGUCAAAAGGUUGGUACACACUCCAGCUUUGUUUAAAAACAACUCCAUUAAGUAAGCAUCUAUUUGAGAUUUGAAUCUUAAGUUUCAUGCACAAGAAGGCCUGCAAAAUAUUAUUAUGGAGGAAGAUCAAUAUUGGGGUGCAUUGGUACCAAAUGUGAAUAAAUGCCUUGGCUAAAGAUGUGCUUCACCUCUGCACAAGAUCAGCUCCAAAGCUAUAAACCUAGAAUUCGGGCCCUUUGGCAUCAGUUAAGGCAGCAAUUGUACAACGAAGCACAUCUUACUACCCUAGAAGGACCCAUCUUAUUACAGCUUGAACCACUCAGUCUUAAAGGUAACCAGUUCUACUUUGGUCUGUGUUUGGCUGUAUGCUCAUCAGAAUUGCCUUUUCUUGUUUCAAGAAAAUAAAAUAUUCUUUAGAUGAUGUUUUCUCAAUGGGAGAGUCCAAGAGAUUGCAGGAGGUGAAAGGUAGCACCUAGAGCCCAGCUUGUCUCUAUGUUGUUCACUUUCUUU